AUGUCGUCAGAAUUAUUAGAUGAUUUGUUUUUUGGUAGAGCUAAGAAAAUAAUGUCAAUACUUGGAGUAUGGAUUCCUCCAACUAAUGAAAGUACUGCCCAAAAAUCAUACAAAAUAUUUAUGCUGAUAUUGCAAUAUUCAUUUUUGUUUUUCCAAAUAAUCUAUGUCAUGCAAGUUUUGGGCGAUUUGGAGGCGGUGUCGGAGGCUGUAUACCUGUUAUUCACCCAGGCUUGCUUGUGUUGCAAAAUUACAGUAUUCCACGUGAAUAUUGAUAUAAUCAGAAUGUUGAUUGUACAGAUGAACAGUGAUGCAUUCAAACCCCAAUGCAAGCCACAUAAUUGCAUUUUAAAAAGACAAGCAAGAAAGAUAAAGCGUUUAUUACUAUCAUUUAUAGUGGCUGCUGAAACAACUUGUAGUAUUUGGGGAAUAAAACCAUUAUUCGACGAUGUCGGCAUAAGAAAGUAUCCUUUCGAUAUGUGGAUGCCGAUAAAACCGGAUAAGUCCCCACAAUAUGAACUGGGUUACAUAUUCCAAGAGCUAACCAUUUGCAUGAGUGCGUUGAUGUACUUUGGGGUGGACAGUGUCGCCAUCUCUAUGGUUAUAUUUGCGUGUGCGCAGAUGGAGAUUAUUAUGAACAAAAUGAUGAGCGUAAGUUCGUAUACUUAUUUGAACAAAUUGGAUGAUGAUGCCAGGAAUCGGACCGAAUAUUAUGUAAGAGGUAACCAGAAAUUAAUAGAGUGCGUGAAACAAUAUCAAGCGGUGGUUAGAUUCACCGAAUUGGUAGAAGAUGCGUUCCAUAUUUAUUUCUUAUUUCAACUAACAGGCACUGUUGGAAUUAUUGUAAUGAGCGCUUUUCGAAUCUUAGUCGUCGAGCAGAAUAGCAUGUUGUUUAUAUCCCUCAUAGUGUACCUGAUAGUGAUGACGAGUCAGAUGUUCCUCUGCUGUUGGAGCGGUCAUGAGCUUACGGCCACUAGUGAAGAAUUACACACAGCACUAUACAUGAGCAAGUGGUAUGAACAGGAUGUGAAGUUUCAACGCACGUUGUGUUUCGCGAUGACGCGCAUGAGUCGCCCGCUGGUCCUUCGAGCCGGACAUUAUAUCAGCUUGUCACGGCAGACGUUCGUUAGCAUCCUUCGUAUGUCGUACUCUUAUAUCGCAGUUUUAAAUCAAACCAAAAUGGCCACCAACAUCGAUCUCUUCUUGGGCAGACCUCGCAUCAUCUUAAAAUAUCUGGGCAUUUGGAUGCCUCCAGAGAAAUAUAUUAUUUUACUAAACAUUUACAAAUGUUUGGUUAUGUUCACGCAAUUUUCUUUUAUUUUAUUUGAAUUUGUGUACGUUGCGGUAGUUUGGGGAGAUAUAGACGAAGUUUCUGAAGCUUCCUAUCUUCUAUUCACACAAGCCUCUGUGUGCUAUAAAACAACAGUCUUUAUGAUGAAUAAGGAAAAUCUGAAAGAUCUUCUUCGUUGUAUGGUGGUGGAUACAUUUGCGCCACAAUCCGUGGAUCAUGAGAAGAUUCUUUCAUCUAAAGCAAAAACAAUAAAAAAUUUGUGCGCGGUUUUUUUAACCAGUGCCAUUACUACAUGCACCCUGUGGGCGAUAAUGCCACUUUUCGAUACAGCCGAAACGAGAUUUUUUCCUUUCAAAAUAUGGAUGCCAGUUGAUCCCGAAAAAUCACCCCACUAUGAGAUUGGAUAUUUUUAUCAGAUGAUAAGUAUUUAUAUCAGCGCUUUACUUUUCUUUGCGGUGGACAGCACAGCUCUAUCGAUGAUCAUAUUUGGUUGUGCGGAACUUGAAAUUAUUAUUGAUAAAGUUAAAAAGUUGCAGAGUAUUCCAAUGACUAUAAGGUUAAAAAAAGAUGUUUGUAAGCAAAUGGAAAAUGAAAAUAAUAAACUUUUGAAUGAAUGUAUUCAACAACACCAAGCUGUUGUAAAAUUUAUAGAAAUGGUAGAGAACACGUACCACGCUAAUAUAUUUUUUCAACUGAGUGGAACUGUUGGAAUAAUUUGCAUCAUAGGAUUACGAAUUACCAUUGUAAAACCAAGCAGUGUUCAAUUCUAUUCUAUGCUCAAUUACAUGGUGACCAUGCUGUCACAACUUUUCUUAUAUUGUUGGUGCGGCAAUGAACUGACUACAAAGAGUCAAGAGCUUCGGGAAUAUCUAUACUUAUGUCCGUGGUACGACCAAAACGCUAAGUUCCGAAGGUCGCUCAUAAUCGUUAUGGAGAGAAUGAAGAGACCUAUAAUAUUUAGAGCUGGGCACUACAUUCCACUGUCUCGACCUACAUUUGUAUCUAUACUUCGUUCUUCGUACUCAUACUUCGCUGUAUUAAAUCAAACAAAAAAUAAAUAGUUAUUUUUCGCACACCGCAUCAACAUUUACUCAAACAUUCUUAUGGUCUUUAACCUCCUCUUUUUAUAUGUUUUUUUACCUCGAAAUUAAUCUUCAUUGUACAUACAAUUAGAUUAUGUAGGUAGGUCAUCCAAAAAUUUUUUUGAACUUUUAGAUUGUCUUUCUAGGGAUGGGAUUCAAGGAUAUAUUUGAAGAAAAACAACAAGAUCACAAAUUAUUCGUUUAUUCAAUGAUAGAAUGUGUAUCACAUACGCGUAGUGUACAUUUACGACAUUAGGCAAGUGCUUAGUUUUAAGUUUACAAAAAAUUAUGAAAAAAUACACAUCUCCAACAACACCGAACGUCACAAAGUCAAGAUAUAAAUUCGUGCGCUUAAAUUAAAAUACAUUGUUAGCGUAAGGCGAGCGUUCAAAGUAUUACAACCAUCUUUAGAAUAUUUCGAAGUUUCCUUUGAGAUACCAAACAUCUUUAUAAACCACUCAAUUACUCAAACGCUUCUCAAUUUUAAGUGUCUCUCACAUUUUAUGACGUCAGAAUUACUUUGAAGUAUAGAUCUUAAAAUUGAGUUACGUCUGACAUUUUCAUAGAGUACCCUCAUUUUAGCAAAGUGGAAUGUUAAAGUGCUCAUGCACGUUCAAAUGUAAUCACUUUUAAAUUCAAUAGCUUUUUUUUGGAUUAUUUUAAAUGUAAAUCAAAAACAUUAGUAGGUAUUAGUAGCUUUAAGUACAUCGAAUGAUAGAAAUUAAUUAAAAAUAUGUAUCCUAUAUGUUUUUAAGUAGUUUCUGGGAAAUAACGAAAGAAUAUUGUCAAAUUCAUUAAUUGAUAUUGAAUUAAGUGACGCUAUCUGAACGUGUGUUCGCAUUUUAACGAAUUUUCAAUUUUUUACUUAAUACAAUUUAUAUUUCAUAAUUCUAUGAUAAUACAUUGGGAACCGCUUUCAGAAAAAUAUCACAGCCAAAAAUGAUAAAAUGAUUUAUGAAAAACAGCGGGAUAAAGAUGUUUAUUACCAAUCGAAUUCUUUUUACACAAAAUUGAUUUUUAUUUACGCAUAUAAUUAUUGUUACUCUUAGAAACGUUAUGUAAUUGAAAUAACCAUCAGUCAAUCUUCACUUAUUUGUUAAGCUCAGAAGCGGCCGCACAUCACACCGACAUAAAACACAAAAAAGAUAAAGAAUUGAGAAAAAUUUACAUACAAAUGUCGUUGUUUACAACGGUGUCACAUGCGGUUUCUUCAUGUGUAACUUUGCGAGUAAAAGUAAGUUAAGGCAUUGGGUUUAUAAUAAUAUCACAGCAAUGCGAUAAUAUCAAUUCGUCCAUUAAUUUGCAUAAACCUUUAACGAAAUGUACAACACAGAAUUUUCUGAAGAAA